AUGUCGGCAUCUGAAGGCGGGAAAGACACCACCCCAGAGCCCAGUCCAGCCAAUGGGGCAGGCCUUGGUCCUGAAUGGGGGCUGUGCCCUGAGCCUCCAGCAUCAGGGGGUGAAACUGGCGGGGCAUCGGAUCUGGGGACCCCUAAGCGAAGGACUCAGCACAGUAAGCACAAGACAGUGGCAGUGGCCAGUGCCCAGCGGUCACCCCGGGCGCUCUUCUGCCUCACCCUGGCAAACCCCCUGCGGCGGUCCUGCAUCAGCAUUGUGGAGUGGAAGCCCUUCGACAUCCUCAUCCUGCUGACCAUCUUUGCCAACUGCGUGGCCCUGGGAGUCUACAUCCCCUUCCCAGAAGAUGACUCCAACACUGCCAACCACAACCUGGAGCAGGUGGAGUAUGUAUUCCUGGUGAUUUUCACUGUGGAGACUGUGCUCAAGAUCGUGGCCUACGGGCUGGUGCUCCAUCCCAGCGCCUACAUCCGCAAUGGCUGGAACCUACUCGACUUCAUCAUCGUCGUGGUCGGGCUGUUCAGUGUGCUGCUAGAGCAGGGCCCCGGACGGCCGGGGGACGCUCCGCAUACCGGGGGGAAGCCUGGGGGCUUCGAUGUGAAGGCGUUGCGGGCGUUUCGGGUGCUGCGGCCACUGAGGCUGGUGUCUGGAGUCCCAAGCCUGCACAUAGUGCUUAAUUCCAUCAUGAAGGCGCUGGUGCCGCUGCUGCACAUUGCACUGCUCGUGCUCUUCGUCAUCAUCAUUUAUGCCAUCAUCGGACUUGAGCUGUUCCUUGGACGCAUGCACAAGACGUGCUACUUCCUGGGAUCUGACAUGGAAGCGGAGGACGACCCAUCGCCCUGUGCGUCUUCGGGCGCGGGGCGUGCCUGCACACUGAACCAGACUGAGUGCCGUGGGCGCUGGGCAGGGCCCAAUGGAGGCAUCACCAACUUCGACAACUUCUUCUUUGCCAUGCUGACGGUCUUCCAGUGUGUCACCAUGGAAGGCUGGACUGAUGUCCUCUACUGGAUGCAGGAUGCCAUGGGGUAUGAGCUUCCCUGGCUAUAUUUCGUGAGUCUUGUCAUCUUUGGAUCCUUUUUCGUCCUCAACCUUGUACUCGGCGUCUUGAGUGGGGAGUUCUCCAAGGAGAGGGAGAAGGCAAAAGCCAGAGGGGACUUCCAGAAGCUGCGGGAGAAGCAGCAGUUGGAGGAGGACCUGCGGGGCUACCUGGACUGGAUCACACAGGCGGAGGAGCUGGACAUCGAAGACCCCUCAGCUGAUGGGCCACAACUGGCAGAGCUGACCAAUAGCAGACGAGGACGUCUGCGCUGGUUCAGUCACUCCACCCGCUCCACACACUCCACCAGCAGCCACGCCAGCCUCCCAGCCAGCGAUACCGGCUCGAUGGCAGAGACCCCAGGCAAUGAGGAAGAGGAGGAGGGGGCUCUGGCCAGCUGUACACUUUGCCUAAACAAGAUCAUGAAAACCAGGGUCUGUCGCCGCCUCCGCCGAGCCAACCGGGGCCUACGGGUGCGCUGCCGGCGGGCUGUCAAGUCCAACGCCUGCUACUGGGCCGUGCUGCUGCUCGUCUUCCUCAACACGCUGACCAUCGCCUCAGAGCACCACGGGCAGCCCAUAUGGCUCACCCAGACCCAGGAGUAUGCCAACAAAGUGUUGCUUUGUCUGUUCACGGUGGAGAUGCUUCUCAAGUUGUACGGUCUGGGCCCCUCUACCUACUUCUCCUCCUUCUUCAACCGCUUUGACUGCUUCGUGGUUUGUGGGGGCAUCUUGGAGACCACUCUGGUGGAGGUGGGCGCCAUGCAGCCCCUGGGCAUCUCGGUGCUCCGAUGUGUGCGCCUCCUCAGGAUCUUUAAGGUCACCAGGCACUGGGCAUCUCUGAGCAAUUUGGUGGCGUCCCUACUCAAUUCAAUGAAAUCCAUCGCAUCCUUGCUGCUUCUCCUCUUCCUCUUUAUCAUCAUCUUCUCCCUGCUUGGCAUGCAGCUGUUUGGGGGCAAGUUCAACUUUGACCAGACCCACACCAAGCGAAGCACCUUUGACACCUUCCCUCAGGCCCUCCUCACUGUCUUUCAGAUCCUGACGGGCGAGGACUGGAACGUGGUCAUGUAUGACGGUAUCAUGGCCUACGGUGGCCCUUUCUUCCCAGGGAUGCUGGUGUGCGUCUAUUUCAUCAUCCUCUUCAUCUGUGGCAACUACAUCCUGUUAAACGUGUUUCUCGCCAUUGCUGUGGACAAUCUAGCCAGCGGAGAUACAGGCUCUGAAAAGCACAAGGGCAGGGAGAAGAGCACUGAGGAGAACCCCCCACAGGAGAAUGGAGAGUUGGUGCCUGGUGGAGAGAAUGAGGAAGAGGAGGGUGCAAACAAUGAAGGAGCAGACAUGGAGGAAGAGGAGGAGGAGGAGGAGGAAGAGGAACAGGAGGAAGGGGGUGCAGGGCGUGUGGAACUCCUGCAGGAAGUUGUACCCAAGGAGAAGGUGGUACCCAUCCCUGAGGGCAGUGCCUUCUUUUGCCUCAGCCAAACCAACUCGCUGAGGAAGGCCUGCCAUGCCCUCAUCCACCAUCAUGUCUUCACCAAUCUUAUCCUGGUGUUCAUCAUCCUCAGCAGUGUGUCCCUGGCCGCUGAGGACCCCAUCCGAGCCCACUCCUUCCGCAACCAUAUUCUGGGGUACUUUGAUUAUGCUUUCACCUCCAUUUUCACUGUGGAGAUUCUGCUAAAGAUGACGGUGUUUGGGGCCUUCCUGCACCGUGGCUCCUUCUGCCGUAACUGGUUCAAUCUGUUGGAUCUGCUGGUGGUCAGCGUGUCCCUCAUCUCCUUUGGCAUCCACUCCAGCGCCAUCUCGGUGGUAAAGAUUCUGAGAGUACUCCGAGUACUGCGUCCCCUCCGAGCCAUCAACAGGGCCAAGGGACUCAAGCAUGUGGUGCAGUGUGUGUUCGUGGCCAUCCGGACCAUUGGGAAUAUCAUGAUCGUGACCACACUCCUGCAAUUCAUGUUUGCCUGCAUUGGCGUGCAGCUCUUCAAGGGGAAAUUCUACAGUUGCACUGAUGAGGCCAAACACACCCCCCAGGAAUGCAAGGGCUCCUUCCUGGUCUACCCCGAUGGAGAUGUGUCACGGCCCCUGGUCCAGGAACGGCUCUGGGUCAACAGCGAUUUCAACUUUGACAAUGUCCUUUCAGCCAUGAUGGCCCUGUUCACCGUCUCUACCUUCGAAGGCUGGCCUGCGCUACUAUACAAGGCCAUCGAUGCACAUGCAGAGGACAAGGGCCCCAUCUAUAAUUACCGCGUGGAGAUCUCAGUGUUCUUCAUUGUCUACAUCAUCAUCAUUGCAUUCUUCAUGAUGAACAUCUUUGUAGGCUUUGUCAUCAUCACCUUCCGUGCCCAGGGCGAGCAGGAGUACCAAAACUGUGAGCUGGACAAGAAUCAGCGCCAGUGUGUGGAGUACGCCCUCAAAGCCCAGCCACUCCGUCGCUACAUCCCCAAGAACCCACAUCAGUAUCGUGUGUGGGCCACUGUGAACUCUGCUGCCUUCGAGUAUCUCAUGUUCCUGCUCAUCCUGCUCAACACAGUCGCUCUAGCCAUGCAGCACUAUGAGCAGACUGCUCCCUUCAACUACGCCAUGGACAUCCUCAACAUGGUCUUCACUGGCCUCUUCACUGUUGAGAUGGUGCUCAAAAUCAUCGCCUUCAAACCCAAGCAUUACUUUACCGACGCCUGGAACACGUUUGAUGCUCUUAUUGUUGUGGGCAGCAUAGUGGACAUUGCCGUCACUGAAGUCAACAGCUCUGAGGACAGUUCUCGCAUUUCCAUCACCUUCUUUCGCCUCUUCCGAGUCAUGCGGCUGGUCAAGCUUCUCAGUAAGGGUGAAGGGAUCCGCACAUUGCUCUGGACAUUCAUCAAGUCCUUCCAGGCCUUGCCCUAUGUGGCUCUUCUCAUCGCGAUGAUAUUCUUCAUUUAUGCAGUCAUUGGGAUGCAGAUGUUCGGCAAGGUGGCUCUUCAGGAUGGCACACAGAUCAACCGAAACAACAACUUCCAGACCUUUCCACAGGCUGUGCUGCUUCUGUUCAGGUGUGCCACUGGUGAGGCAUGGCAGGAGAUAAUGCUUGCCAGCCUUCCCGGAAGUCGCUGUGACCCUGAGUCUGACUUCAGCCCUGGCGAGGAGUUUACCUGUGGCAGCAAUUUUGCCAUCGCCUAUUUUAUCAGCUUCUUCAUGCUCUGUGCCUUCCUGAUCAUAAAUCUCUUUGUGGCUGUGAUCAUGGACAACUUUGAUUAUCUAACCAGAGAUUGGUCCAUCCUGGGCCCCCAUCACCUCGAUGAAUUCAAGAGGAUCUGGUCUGAAUAUGACCCUGGGGCCAAGGGCCACAUCAAGCACCUGGAUGUUGUUGCCCUGCUGAGACGCAUCCAGCCCCCACUGGGAUUCGGGAAGCUGUGCCCACACCGAGUGGCCUGUAAGAGACUUGUGGCGAUGAAUAUGCCCCUCAACUCAGAUGGGACGGUGACAUUCAACGCCACACUCUUUGCCCUGGUUCGGACAUCCCUGAAGAUCAAGACAGAAGGGAACCUGGAGCAAGCCAAUCAGGAGCUGCGGAUUGUCAUCAAAAAGAUCUGGAAGCGGAUGAAGCAGAAGCUGCUAGAUGAGGUCAUCCCCCCUGCUGACGAGGAAGAGGUCACCGUGGGCAAGUUCUACGCCACAUUUCUGAUCCAGGACUAUUUCCGCAAAUUCCGGCGGAGGAAAGAAAAGGGGCUACUAGGGACUGAGGCCCCCCCAAGCACUUCCUCUGCCCUUCAGGCUGGUCUGAGGAGCCUACAGGACUUGGGUCCUGAGAUCAGGCAGGCCCUCACCUGUGAUACAGAUGAGGAGGAGGAGGAAGAGGGACAGGAGGGAGAGGAGGAGGAAGAUGAGAAGGACUCACAAAUGUACAAAGCCGCGAUGGGCUCCCAGCCCCCAUCUCGCCGGAGCUCCAUAAUUUCUGUGUCUCUGCCUGCUGGGGACAGACUUCCAGAUUCACUCUCCCUUGAGCCCAGUGAUGACGAUGCAGGGGCUCCCAACUCCAGACAGUCCAGUGUGCCCCAGGCUGGACCCCACACUCACAGCAGAGGCUCUGGGGUUCUCAUUUUCACCAUUCCGGAAGAAGAAAGUUCUCAGCCCAAGGAAACCAAAGGCCAGGAGAAGCAAGAUGAGGAAGAGGAAGUCCCCAGCCAGUACUCUGGCCACGACACGCUCUCCUACCUAGAUGAACAGGCGGAGACUCCCCCGCGCCCCAUCCUUUUGCCACCUCACAGACCCCAGAGAUAUGUGGAUGGGCACCACGUACCACGCCGCCGUCUGCUGCCCCCCACGCCUGCAGGUCGGAAGCCAUCCUUCACCAUCCAGUGUCUGCGGCGCCAGGGCAGUUGUGAAGAUUUACCUAUCCCAGGCACCUAUCAUCGUGGGCGCAACUCAGGGCCCAGCAGGGUGCAGGGUUCCUGGGCAACCCCUCCUCAGCGGGGGCGGCUCCUAUAUGCCCCACUGUUAUUGGUGGAGGAGGGCGCAGCGGGGGAGGGAUACCUCGGCAAAUCCAGUGGUCCACUGCGCACCAUCACCUGUCUGCACGUGCCUGGAACCCACUCGGACUCCAGCCAUGGCAAAAGGGGCAGUGCCGACAGCCUGGUGGAGGCUGUGCUCAUCUCCGAGGGCCUGGGCCUCUUUGCCCGAGACCCGCGUUUCGUGGCCCUGGCCAAGCAAGAGAUUGCGGAUGCGUGUCGUUUGACACUGGAUGAGAUGGACAGUGCCGCCAGUGACUUGCUGGCACAGGGGACAAGCUCACUUUAUAGUGAUGAGGAGUCCAUCCUCUCCCGCUUUGAUGAGGAGGACCUGGGAGAUGAGAUGGCCUGCGUCCAUGCCCUCUGAAUUCCCACCUCUCCCCAACUGCUCAAUAAACCUCCUGCCCUCCCUUCCCCAGAGGAAGACAGGCACGGACCACACCUCUGGAUUUCGGUGUCUUUGCACUGAGGGUCUGGGGCUGCCUGGAGGCCCCCAUCUAUCCAUCCCCUGUUUCAGCCCUGAGCCACUGCCCACACGUGGGUAUUUCCAGAAACCAGGACA